GGCCUGGCCGGGGCUGCCGGGACGCGUAGUCUUUCCGCCGCGCACAACAAAGGGAGCGCGGCUCCUGCGCUCCGGGAGCGCCGCGGCCGAAUCGCCUCUGCGCGCCGGGCCGGAGGCGAGCGCGCCCGCCCGGGGCAGGCAGGGAUGACGUUCUACAGUUUGGAGGCGCUCUGCUGGUCCUGAGGGCAGUGAGGGCACCGGGGGAGGCAGGAGAGAGCCCAUGCUGCCGUGGCACGCGGCCACCGGGAGGGAGCCCUCGAACACAGAGUCCCACCAUUUGCCAGUGUCCCAAGGGAGGCUCUUCAGUGCUUUCUGCCUGAAGGGGCUGGAAGAGCAAGGGGGACACCCAGCAAGCAGCGCUUCUGUCCGACAUGCUCUGCCUGAGCCUGUUCACGUGAGUCCGAAAGGGCCGCUGGGCGUGGGUCCAGGGGACGGCUGCAGCCACAGGACUGUCCAGGCAAUGCACAAGGCAUUCCGGCUGCAGUGAGCAAGGAGACGACGCCUGGCGCAGGUUGUGCCGAUAUGAAGCCCCAGGCCUUGGUCAAGGAGGAGCAUGUGGAAGGGCCUCGUGGCCUGGACUCUCCAGAGGAGACGGAGGACAGGGCUCUUCAAGCCUCUAGCCCAGGUGGGUGGCGGGCUCCCUGCGGAGGGAAGGGUUGACGCGGAGCGGUUGCUUUGGACCAACAGGUUCCUGCGAGUGGCUGUUCCGGUACGUGCUGGAAGCAGCUGGGCUGCCACAAAGAUCAGAGUGAAAGCGGAGCCAGAAGAAGAGUUGUGCCUCGGAGACCCGCAAGGCCCGGCGGAGCUGCAGGGACAGGGCCCGCUUCCCCCCGUGACUGGCAUCAAGGAGGAGAGAAUGAUCAAGACUGAGCCGGAGGACGACUGGUACGAUGGCUGCCCCUGGCGUGACCACGAGGGAGACUCCAGUGACGACGAAGAUGCCUCUGACCUCAGACCGGAUGUGAUCGUGAAGAUGGAGCCGGAAGAAGAGGAGGGCCUGGAGUGUCGCUCUGGUCAGGCAGCAUCCCCCAGCAUCCUUCAGGAGGGGGCCCACACGGAGCUGAGUCAGCGCCCAACGGAGGCUGCAGAUGAGCAAGCCGGCAGGCAGCUCUUCCGGAAGAGGGCAGUUGCUUCUUCCCUCCCGGACUCCAGCAGGCUCACUGCUCCCAGAGGAUCCCCCACUGCUGGGGAGAAGCUGUGCCCACCAGCCCAGAGUGCCUCUGAACCAGCCAAGCGGCCCAAGAGUCACGCGGCCGACAGGCCUUUUGCCUGCAGCGUGUGCGCAAAGCGGUUCCAGCACCGGGGGAAUCUGAUCACCCACUUGCGGGUUCACACGGGGGAGAAGCCCUUCCCCUGCACAGAGUGUGGGAAGAGCUUCAGCCAGAAGGGAGACCUCAUGCGCCACCUGCGCAUCCACACGGGGGAGAAGCCCUUCGAGUGCAACGUCUGCGGCAAGAGUUUCUGCUCCAAGCAGACGUUCAUUCUCCACCAGCGCAUCCACACAGGCGAGAAGCCCUACUCCUGCGACGAGUGCGGUAAGGCCUUCAACCGCAAGGCCAACUUCAUCACCCAUCAGAAGAUCCACCGGGGGGAGCGGCCCUUCGUGUGCGGUGAGUGUGGGAAGGGCUUCUGUGCCAAGAAGACCUUCAUCUUGCACCAAAAGAUCCACGUGGGGGACCGGCCUUUCGGUUGCUCCGAGUGUGGCAAGAGCUUCAGCCGCAAUGGGGACCUCACUCGGCACCAACGCAUCCACACCGGGGAACGGCCCUUUGCGUGUGCCGACUGUGGGAAGUGUUUCAGUCACAAUGGGGAGCUGAUCAAACACCAACGCAUCCACACUGGUGAGAAGCCCUUUGCCUGCCUGGAGUGUGGGAAGAGCUUCAACCGCAAGGGCACCCUCAUCACGCACCAGCGCAUCCACACUGGGGAGCGGCCCUUCGUGUGCGGCGAGUGUGGGAAGACCUUCAACCUGAAAACCACCCUAAUGAAGCAUCGGCGCAUCCACACUGGGGAGCGCCCUUUCACCUGCCUGGAGUGUGGCAAGAGCUUCAAGUACAAAGGAAACUUGCGGACGCACCACCUCACCCACACAGUGGAGAGGGUGUACCCCUGCACGGAGUGUGGCAUCAUCUUCAGCCAAAGGAAGGAGCUGAAGGCACACCAGGUGGCACACAGUGGCAGCCGCCUGCUGCCCUGCUAUGGUGAGGAGGGCGAGAACGUGAACCCUUUCCUUCAGAUGCACCCGCUGCUGCUCUCCUGCGCCCCCCUUCAGGUGCCCCUCGAAACCUUGUCAAAGCUCAAGCAGGAAGCAGGCUACAAAGGGAUUGAGCUCGAGGGCCCUGAUCCAUAGGGAGUCUUGCAGUCAGGAGCUCUAAUUUGCACCAGCCCGGCAACUGGAGGGACUUUUCAGUGCUGGGGGAGCUCAGAGGCCAGUGUGCUUUCCUACAAGUGUGUGCACACGCUCACAACUCAAACCAAGGAAAGGGUUCUGGCUUGUAGGAGGCCAGAGCUGCGUCUGUGCUGCAGGUUGACCUUGCUGGCCAAAACCCCACCCAGCCUCACCUGGCAUAGUGACAGAGGAGACCGUGCUUGCCUUGGCUGCAGGGGACUGCCGUUCCUGUGCUGUUGAGCCACACUCCUGUAACAGGCAAGAGUUUUACUACAGUCACACUCUGGGCACUUUCCAGACUAGUGGAUAGUUUAGCAAAGAAGCACUUGGCCGGGCAGGGGAACACUUUGGGGGGGCAGGAGGCGUGAUUGGGGAGG